GGUCCCCCUAGAAUUAGUAUCCAGAAAAAACUUAUGACCAAAACAUCCCAUAAAAGAUGAGUUAGUUGGUCAGCUGGAUAUAGCAUGGGUUAGUUGAAGGCAUUUAAGCAUCACGGGAUAUAGAAGAACGGAGCAAAGGGCUAAGACAUGUUCGUCAGAUUUACCUGUGUCCCUUACCUCAAACAACCAAAAAGCACAUGGCUGCUCAAGACAUGAAGGAGACCAUUGAGCUCUCUGUAGUUGCCGCCAGUGAAACUCCUCAACGGAAAAGCAUGGAAUCACCAGAACAAGGAAGGUUGCUCAGGCGGCCGGCAUCACCGGGUUGUAGCCUUUUCUACUUCGCAGACAGACUGGACUUUCUUUUGAUGUUCUUUGGAAGCAUUGGGUCCUGCAUUCAUGGCGCUGCACUUCCUGUGUUCUUCGUUCUCUUUGGGAAGCUUAUUGAUUCAUUGGGUUCGCUUUCAUCCAAUCCUCAGAGGCUUUCUGACAAAGUUUCAAAGCAUGCACUGGAGUUGGUCUAUUUAGGAGCUGUGGUCAUGAUAUCUGCAUGGAUAGGGGUAGCAUUCUGGAUGCAGACUGGAGAGAGGCAGACAGCACGUCUUAGGGUCAAAUAUAUCCAGUCCAUUCUACAACAAGACAUCAGCUUCUUUGAUACAGAUGCAAGAGAUGAAAACAUAAUUUCUCAUAUAACAAGUGAUGCUAUACAUGUGCAGGAUGCCAUUGGUGAUAAGACUGGUCACUGUGUGCGGUAUCUAUCUCAGUUUUUAGUCGGGUUUGUCGUAGGAUUUACCUCAGUAUGGCAGCUCACACUUCUCACCUUGGCUGUCGUUCCAUUGAUUGUCGUUGCUGGUGGCACAUAUGCUGUGGUGAUGGCUGGUUUGGCCAAGAAAGGUGAGGGUGCCUAUGCUGAAGCAGGCAAAAUUGCAGAAGAGGUAAUUUCACAAGUUCGUACUGUAUAUUCGUAUGUUGGAGAAGAAAAGGCCAUCGCAGCAUACUCAAGAUCACUCAAAAUUGCUCUGAAACUGGGUAGGAAAAGUGGACUUGCAAAAGGGGUUGGGGUUGGUUGCACAUAUGGUAUACUAUUCUGCGCCUGGGCUCUGCUUCUUUGGUAUGCUGGAGUUCUAGUUUUGCAUAAAAAAACAAAUGGUGGCAAAGCAUUCACAACAAUACUAAACGUCAUCUUUAGUGGCUUUGCUCUUGGACAAGCUGCUCCAAACAUCAGCUCUCUUUCUAAAGGCCAGGUGGCUGCCAGUACUAUAAUAAGGAUGAUAGAAAAAGUUUCUAACGUAUCAGAGCUAUCCAAUGGAGCAGUAUUACCCCAAAUCCAAGGCCAAAUUGAGUUCUGUGAGGUCUCUUUUUCAUACCCCUCACGCCAAAGCAUCAUCUUUGAAUGUCUGAGCUUUUCAAUCACAGCUGGAAAAACAACAGCAAUCGUGGGGCAGAGUGGAUCAGGAAAGAGCACUAUCAUAUCCAUGAUCGAAAGAUUUUACGAGCCAACAUCAGGCAAAAUUUGUCUGGAUGGUCAUGAUAUAAAGUCUCUUCAAUUGAAGUGGCUAAGAAACCAAAUGGGUUUAGUAAGUCAAGAACCGGCAUUGUUUUCAGCUUCUAUUGCCAAGAAUAUCCAAUAUGGAACAGAAGAAGUAGCCAUGGAGGACAUAAUUAACGCCUCAAAAAUAGCAAAUGCUCAUUGUUUUAUUCAAAGCCUACCCAACGGCUACUUAACUGAGGUAGGAGAGGGAGGUUUCCAGCUUUCCGGAGGCCAGAAACAGCGUAUUGCAAUAGUCAGAGCCAUUUUACGUAAUCCAAAGAUUUUACUACUAGAUGAAGCAACCAGUGCACUGGACUACGAAUCAGAGAGACUGGUACAAAAUGCAUUAGAGAAGGUGAAGUUGGACAGAACAACAGUUGUGGUAGCACAUAGAUUAUCCACCAUUAGCAAUGCCCACACAAUUGUAGUGUUAAACAAUGGAAAAGUUACUGAAAGUGGCACACACGAAGAGCUGAUGGAAAAAGAAGAACAAGGAGAGUAUGCCAAGCUGGUACAUGCUCAGCUAUUAGCCAAUGGCUGUAGCAAAAGCCCGAAUAAUCAAAAAGAGACAAUGAAUUCAACUGAAACAGCAGUUUGUACAAACGCAUGUGAAGUAGAAAGAAAUCAAGAGACAGCUGGUCAGAAGACAUUAAGAAAUCCGGAGAUUAGGCAAGAUUUUGGCUCCGCCGGUUCACCGCCGGUGCCAUCAAUCAGGAAGAUAAUUAGUUUAAACAAACCAGAGUGGCCAUUUGCAGUAACUGGAUCACUAGGUGCUAUAUUAGCUGGUGCAGAAGGCCCGCUGUUUGCUCUUGGGAUAACACAUGUUCUGACUGCUUUUUAUUCCCACGAGAGGUUUCAUGUCAGGAGUGAGAUCAAGAUGGUGUCUCUGAUAUUCAUUGGAGCAGCAAUCAUUACUGUGCCAAUAUAUAUUUUGCAGCACUACUUCUAUACACUGAUGGGAGAGAAGCUCACCGCACGUGUUCGACUGCGCAUGUUCUCAGCAAUCCUUAAAAAUGAAAUUGCAUGGUUUGAUCAAGAUGAGAAUAGUAGUGGUUCAUUGGCAUUGAGCUUAGCAGCAGAUGCUACUUUAGUCCGAAGUACAGUCGCAGACCGAAUGUCAACCAUCAUUCAGAAUAUCUCACUGACAAUGACAGCAUUUGCCAUAGCAUUUGCGCUAAGUUGGCGUAUGGCAGCAGUCGUCCUUGCAACUUUUCCUUUGCUCAUUUCAGCCUCAAUAGCUGAGCAACUAUUCCUUAAAGGAUUUGGUGGAAAUUAUGCCGUUGCUUAUGCCCGAGCGACGUCGGUGGCACGAGAAGCUAUCACAAACAUCAGAACAGUGGCAGCAUUUUGCGCUGAAGACCGGGUUUCAUCUCAGUUCACAUGUGAACUAGACCAGCCUAACAAGAAGGCUUUCACACGUGGUCAUAUAUCAGGAAUAGGUUAUGGCCUAUCACAGUCCUUUGCAUUUUGUUCUUAUGCGCUUGGUCUUUGGUACGCAUCACAGCUUAUCAAGAAUGGAGCUUCCAACUUUGGUAAUAUCAUGAAGUCAUUCAUGGUGCUGAUAAUUACAUCACUUGGAAUAGCAGAAACAUUAGCUCUUACACCUGACAUUGUGAAGGGAUCACAAGCUCUUGCUUCAGUUUUCUCUAUUCUGGAAAGGAAAACAAGCAUAGAUGCCAAUGACCCAAGUUCAGAAGUAGUGGAAGAUAUCAAGGGGUAUAUAGAAUUCAGGAAAGUAAGCUUCAGAUAUCCUACCAGACCUCAUAUAACUGUCUUGAAGGAACUAAGCUUACAUGUUGCAGCAGGUAGAAGCCUAGCAUUGGUGGGCCAAAGUGGAUCAGGAAAGAGCUCUGUAAUAUCACUGUUGAUGAGAUUCUAUGAUCCUACAUCAGGGGAAAUUCUAAUAGAUAACAAAGACAUUAGAACCAUAAACUUAAGAUCCUUGAGAAUGAGAAUAGGUUUAGUUCAGCAGGAGCCAGCACUGUUCUCCACCACCAUCUAUGAAAAUAUUGCUUAUGGAAAGUCAGGUGCAUCAGAAAUUGAAGUACUGAAAGCUGCAAAAGCUGCAAAUGUGGAUGCAUUUAUUAGUCGGAUGCCAGAAGGUUAUACCACCCAGGUUGGAGAAAGAGGCACCCAACUCUCUGGAGGGCAGAAACAAAGGGUCGCUAUUGCCCGAGCAAUUCUAAAAGACCCUACAAUUCUCCUUCUGGAUGAAGCCACCAGUGCAUUGGAUACAGCAUCAGAAAAGGUGGUACAAGAGGCUCUAGAUAGACUCAUGGAAGGUAGAACAACAAUUGUAGUCGCCCAUAGAUUAUCAACAAUUCGUGAUGCCAAUAUUAUUGCAGUGCUUCAGGAAGGUAUGGUUCAUGAAAUUGGCAGCCAUGAAGAACUUCUCAGACAGCCGGAUGGCAUUUACACUCAGUUAGUUCAACUACAAAAAACCAAUGUAAAUCAGUAAGUAUAUCAAUCUUUUCCGUUUAAUGGGGAUUCCGAAUGACUCUACAUAUUUAUAAAGUUAUUUGGUCAAAAAGAAAUCAUGUUCUUGAUUUAUGAAAAAACUUCUAUAUGAAUUGGCAAUUCCAGUUCGAAAGGAAGAAUGUGGGAUAUUCCAAAGGAUUCAACAACAUUAUAGGUUGUAUUAAACAGAGUUUAAGAGGUUUGAAUUCAACCGUUGUACUUAGACAAUGAUAUUUCUUAUGGAAAUAAUAUCCAUAAUAGAAAUAAAAUAGAGAGCUAGCUCAUUUAGCAUUUCUCAUCAUAGUAAGCGCAC